AUGCAGCCAACCUCGCCUGUUCCCCUUAACGGGACACAAGCUCCUGAAGGGCCCUUCUUUUGUCUUCAGAAUCCCGAAGCUGGAGCGUGUGUUGAUGAUACGGGUUACUACCUCUAUCGCAUUGAUCUUGCACCAAAUGCUGCAUUUCUUGCGAUAUUCAUCGCUUCAUUGCUCGGCUUCAUCGUCACUUGGGUUUUCACUCGCAGGGGUACAGCUUUCAAUGUCGCCAUGAUCCUGGGUCUUCUGUGCGAGAUCAUUGGAUACAGUGGACGCAUCGCGAGUUGGUACAAUCGCUUCGAUAUGAAUGCCUUUCUUACCCAGAUUUGUUGCUUGACCAUGGGUCCAGCCUUUAUGGCUGCAAGUAUCUAUCUUUGCCUACGCAGGAUCGUAUCAGCUUUUGGACCAGAGAACUCACGGUUACCUCCCGAAUACUAUACCAGAUUUGCAAGUCACUGCCUUUUCAUCCCUUGCGAUGUCGUCUCUCUGGUCCUUCAAGCCCUUGGGGGCGGCAUGGCCUCCGUUGCUUCUCAACAGUACAAAAGCGCAGACUUGGGCACAAAUAUCAUGAUAGCAGGGCUCGCCUUUCAAGUUGCCACGAUUCUCGCCUUUAUUGCUUGUUCAGUCGACUUUGCUAUUCGGACUAUUUAUCGUCAACGUCGUCUCGGUGAAGCAGCCUUCGAUCAGCGCCCAGAAAUUGUCAAAGUCCGCAACGCCCGGCGGUUCAAAGCUUUUCUCUGCGCUCUAUCACUCUCUGCACUUUGCAUUCUUUGGAGAAGUGCGUUUCGAGUUGCAGAAUUGUCUGAAGGCUGGAAAGGACCCCUCAUGGGUCACCAGUAUAUGUUUGUUGGGUUUGAGGGAAUCUUGAUUGUUGUUGCUGUGACCAUUCUCAACAUCUUUCAUCCCGCCUUGUGUAUGAAGGAGCUCUUGGGGAUGGAUGAUGGUGGUUUUAAGGGUAUUUGGGGCUUUCGAAACCGCAAAAACAAUUCCAUGACUAGUGAAGAGUCUGUGGAGGAUUCAGACCGAAAGACACCCACAAGCGAGGCUGUUGCAGUCUAG